AUGGAUACUCGAAGAUGUGGAGGAUGGAGUGAUCCUGCAGACCUGUGCCCAGGAGGAGACAACAUCCAAUGUUGUGUAGCCAGUCGACCAACUCCAGCACCUACCACAGCACCACCCAACUAUGGCUCAUGUACCUCGACCAACGGACAGCGUGGAACCUGCAAGGAUGUAUCACAAUGUGGAGGAUGGAGUGAUCCUGCCGAUCUCUGUCCAGGAGGAGACAACAUCCAAUGUUGUGUAGCCGGUCCAGCACCAACUACCGCACCACCCAACUAUGGUUCAUGUACCUCGACCAAUGGCCAGCGUGGAACAUGCAAGGAUGUGUCGCAAUGCUCUGGAUGGAGUGACCCAGCUGACCUUUGCCCAGGAGGAGACAACAUUCAAUGUUGUGUAGCCGGCCCAGCACCAACUACCGCACCACCCAACUAUGGCUCUUGUACCUCGACCAAUGGCCAGCGUGGAACAUGCAAGGAUGUGUCCCAAUGCACUGGAUGGAGUGACCCAGCUGACCUUUGCCCGGGUGGCAACAACAUCCAAUGUUGUGUCGCCCCAUCUCCAUCAAUCUCACCAAACUAUGGCUCGUGUACCUCGACCAAUGGCCAGCGUGGUACUUGCAAAGAUGUGUCCCAGUGCUCAGGAUGGAGUGACCCUGCAGACCUGUGUCCAGGUGGCAACAACAUCCAAUGUUGUGUCGCCCCAUCUCCAUCUAUCACACCAAACUAUGGCUCAUGUACCUCGACCAAUGGCCAGCGUGGAACUUGCAAGGAUGUGUCCCAGUGCUCAGGAUGGAGUGACCCAGCUGACCUUUGCCCAGGUGGUAACAAUAUCCAAUGUUGUGUAGCCCCAUCUCCAUCAAUCUCACCAAACUAUGGCUCAUGUACCUCGACCAAUGGGCAACGUGGUACUUGCAAAGAUGUGUCCCAAUGCACUGGAUGGAGUGACCCAGCUGACUUGUGUCCAGGCGGCAACAACAUCCAAUGUUGUGUUUCUUCCCUACCCUCCAGCUCCACAACUGGAUCUUCAUCAUGGGGAAACUGUACAUCUACCAAUGGAAAUAGCGGUGUUUGCAAGGAUGUCUCUCAAUGUUCAGGAUGGAGUGACCCAGCUGACCUAUGCCCAGGAGGAAACAACAUCCAAUGUUGUGUGACCACCGGUUCACAAUGGGGCAACUGUGUCACGACCACCAAAGAAUAUGGAGUAUGCAUGGACACCGCCCAAUGCCAUGGUGUCAGUGAUCCCGCAGACCUGUGUCCCGGUCCAGCCAACAUCCAAUGUUGUAUCUCCAGAUCGUCCACGACUGGUGGAACAACUGGAGGCGUACCUGGCCAAUGCUUCUCCAACAUCCUUGGCAAGUACGGUCGAUGCGGAGAGAGAUCCCAAUGCCUUGGAUUCAGUGACAGUGCCAACCUCUGUCCAGGCCCCGACAGCAUCCAAUGUUGUGUCGACACUGGCUUCCAACUGACCAUCAACGACCCCAACUUCAUCCUGACCGAGUAUGAGAUUCGCCGCAUGCAGUACACCUUUGCCGUCAGCUUCCCGAAGCUGUUCAAUGUCUAUGCCGCCAGCGGGGACAAUCGUCGUGCCUACAAACUGAACGUGCGCUCGACCGUUGGCUUUGCAAACUGGGACGGCAAGGAUAUCAACAUGGACGUCAAAUCCAAGAUCAAGAAGAUGGAUUGGUUGGUGCACGAGUUGACGCAUGCACUGCAGAACUACAAUUCUGGAGCAAUCCCAGGCUGGUGGGUCGAGGGCAUGGCUGAUGUUGGCAAGUUCUACUACACUCCAGACGACGAACAAGGCUUCCCCUUCCCAUCGGGCCUCACCGAGCACUACACCAAGGGCUACGAGCACGCUGCCAGGUGGUUCAUGUGGAUCGAGCACAACUACCGUCCCAACUUUGUCGUCAAUCUCAAUCGCUACUCGCAAUCUGGUCCUGCUACUCUUGAGCAAUGGUUGAGGAAGUUUGAAGAGUAUGCCGGUGGUUCUCCAGAAGUGAUGUGGUUGAUCUACAUUGCCGAUCCAUCCUUUAGAGACAACACCACUCCACGCAGGACUCCCAAUGAAGUGACACCAACAGUCACCAGCAAGUCCACCUCUGAGAACACUAUCAUCAUUGACGAUGGUAACAUUGGACAAGCAUAA